CUGACACAAGCGUAGAAAAAGUUUUCAUCAACAGCCGCCAUAUUGACUAUUCGGGUCUCAGUAAAUUUCGUGAAAUUUGUAAUCGUCUGUAGAGCGAUUAAAUGUACAUAAAAUUGGGGAAAAAUUUGUGAAGAACAGUGAAUAAUGUGAUUGGGAGACGAGUGAUGUGGUAAAUUGUGGUUAUUUAUGGGGGAAAAGUGUCGAAAUUUGUGUUCAUUUUUGCGCUCAUUGUUGGGGAAAUUGAGUUCGGCUAUUUUGAAGUCGUGAAAGAGAUUUUUCUUUAUCUCCACCACCAAAUACAUCCCAUCGGUGGGCAAAUUGCGGGGAAAAAAUUUGUGCUCGCUGGUGUGGAAAAGGGAAAAGUGGCAAAAGUGGGUGCAGGGAGUGCACCAGCGAGGAUUCCGGACGUGGUGAAAAAUCCAAGUGCAGCGCCUGCAGGAUUUAUUUGUCGUCGAUGGCCCAAACACAAUGGCCAAUGCCAAAUGGUAAAUGGUGGAUGUUAGAGCUCUGAGUUCGGAGUGUUGAGAAAUUUUCAGCGACAUCGCACCCACGGGAGGCGCCUUAAAUUUUCCCCACCACAAAAAAAGCAUUUUCCAUCGCUGCAAUUCCCCCCAUUUCGGGUGAAUUUUUCCCUUUGCAAAACGCCAGGAGAGAUUUGCUGUGAAAAUUCGUCUUCUCCGUGCGCUACCUUCCGACCUUUUUUUUCUCGCCUUUGCAACACCUCGCGCGCUGUGCUCCCCGCAGAAAUAUCUCAGUCUUGCUUCUCUGAAAAUUUAAAAAGGGGGCACUUUCAUACUAAACGUCUCCGCCCCACGAGCCCCCAGAGGCGAAGGAACCAAAGGAAAAAAAAAACCUAAAAAGCAGGAAAAUUUCUCAAGAGACGAAGAAGGGGUUGAAUAGUGAGGGAUAAAAAUGGUGUGUAAAGUUGGACGAUGUGACUGAGAAAAAGGUCUCUUGUGAAGGAAGUUGCGCGCCCCAGAGACGCCCCACAGUAGGACUUCUCUCGCGGAAACUAUCUUUUCGUUUUAACAAAAAAUAAAAAGGAAAAUAUGUGUCAUGUUUCGUGCACAUUGGAUUUCAUGAGAGCCCCCGCAUCCCCACAAAUGCAACCGUGGUGCCCCAGACACCGAAUUCCGCGCAGACACGGAGCUUCCGACAGCAGUGGAAAUUUGUACAGAGCCCCCGACGGAGAGCCCCAUCUUCCGGAUGGUCCCGCGUGGACCUGCCACCUGCAAACUCUCGCGAACUGAUUUUGCAGAUGUAGGCUCCUUUUCUUUACUUUUAUUCACACCGUGCUACUUUUCUAAGGGGUUGAUUAUUUUUUUGCGUUUGGAUGCGGCACAUACCGCCAGGGACAUUUGAACGAAUCUUCCGGAAUUCAAUGAAUUAAAAAAAAUCAAAACAUUACAUUUCAUCAUUGAAUAAACUAGUAAAGUGUGUGUAAAGACUUAAAAAUUAAAACUCUGUAAAACAGGACAUUUUUACGUGUUUAAAGAAAAGUGCUAAUAAAAAAAACAGUGGGAAGGACAUUUUCUCCCAAAAGCAAAAAGACAGCAAAUAGACAAUUUUUUUUCACUUAAAAAAUACCUUUAUCCGCAAGUGCAAGGGAAAGUGGGAAAAUAAGGAGAGACUUUUAAACAAAGUGAAGUGAAAGGGGAUCAGGAUGGCUGAUCAUUUGGAUGAGCCACCGCAGAAGCGACCCAAGCUGAGGGAUGCCUUCCAGCAGGGUCCAUCGGAUUCCGAAUUGAUAUCACGUAGCGACAUUUACAACCUAGAAGAUCACCUGCCCGAUGAGUUGGUGUCUAGUGGCACGAACUGGGGUGAUCAGUUGGGUGGGAAUAAACCACCGGCGCAAGGUCCCGGACCAGGUGGUCCGCCACAGAUGAAUGGCGAAGAUUCCGGGGUUGUGCCACCCAAUGCCAACAUCGCCAUGCAGAGACUCCAUCAGCAGCAGCAACUGGCACAGCAUCUCAUGCAACAGAGAAAAUGUGGCUAUUUGCAGGGAAACAAGAACAUCAUUGGUGGCGUAUCGGGAAUUGGAAUUGGACCAUUGGGGAGUAAGAGCCCAAAUUUGCAGUCACCACCAAAUGCCCAGGCGAGCAUGUCCAAUAAUAUGGGGGUCGGGACGAUGGGCAACUCCAUGGUGAUGUCCAUUGCGAGUAAUGGCAAUCCGCAGCCCAUGAGCUCGCUUCAAGCAAUGAACAGCGUUUCGCAGGGAAAUGCUGGCGGCAUGAUUAUGUCAAAUAGCAAUCUAUCCGGACUCGGUGGCAAUGGUGGGAUGUCCGGUGGGGGUCUUGUGGUGAAUAAUCUGAAGCAACAGGCAAUGGGUGGUGCUGCAGGGAUGCUCGGUGGUCCCAUGGGCGGUGCAGGUGGUCAGGGUCAGCCGGGCCAGGCUAUCCACCACCCAGGGCAUCCGGGCAUGCAGAAUGGGCCACUUAUGACCACACCCACGGGACGUGUGGUGGCUAUGCAGCAACAAAACCCACAGGGUCACAUGGCAGGACCACGAGGACCUCAUCUUAUAGGACCCCGCAUGCAGGCACCCAACAUGGCUCUAGGAAACAACAUCAACAAUAUGCAAGGUCCUGGUGGACCCUACGCCUAUGGCGGUGGACCUAAUCAGCAAAAUGUGAAUGUGGUUAAUCCACAAGGUGGCGUCAAUACGCCAGUGGGUGUUGUUGCACCCCAGCAACGGGGUGUACCGAAUAUGGCAGGAAUGCCAGGCAAUCGAUUACCAAUGGUACCCAAUAUUUCGGGUAAUAAUGAAGGUGGUAUAGCGGGGCAGGCACAGCCACCGGCUCCGUCGCCGCAGCAACCGCAAUCUGGUGCCCCAACGGGGAGUCAGCCGCGACCACAGAGUGCAACGCAGAAUCAGAAUGCACCAAAUAUGCCGGCAGCCCCGCAGAGUUCCUCAAUGGCUGAUCCGGAGAAGAGGAAAUUGAUACAGCAGCAACUUGUGUUGUUGCUGCAUGCGCACAAAUGUGCCCGACGUGAAUCGGAGAAUCCCAAUAAUCCAAAUCCAUGCACACUCACGCACUGUAAGACAAUGAAGGAGGUACUUGCCCAUAUGACGGGUUGUAAGCUCAAUAAGGACUGUACGGUGGCACAUUGCUCGUCAUCGCGGCAAAUUAUAACGCAUUGGCGAAAUUGUCAGCGUGCCGAUUGCCCCGUUUGCUUGCCACUGAAGCAGGCAGAUCGCUAUCGGAAUAAUGCAAAUGCCCAACAAGGUGCUCCUGGGGCUGCGGGACCUGGCCAAAGUGGCCCCGGACCGGCAAAUUCGGGACCACCAACGGGGCCUGGUGCUGCACCGAGUGGGGGUCCGAGUGUUUCAGCACCACAACCCGGUGGACCACAGGGGGGAGGUAUUAAUAUUAAUCCCGCAACGCAGGAGAGCCCCAAUGUGGUGGCACAGCAGCAACCACCGCCAGGGCAGCCGGGGCAACCGGGGGGACAAAUUCAGGCGGGAAAUCAAAAUCAAGACGGUAUGAGACGAAAUUACGACGGGAUGAACAUUCAGGGUGCACCGGUGUCAUCAGCACCACCCGUAAUGCCAACGACGACACCCCAAGUGGCCCCUGGACCGCGGCAAUGUGUCCGGAUACAGGCCCCGAAUUCCGUUGUGCGGGUAAUUGUACCGAAUCAGGGUACACCGAAUCACAAUCAAAUUUUGGCGAAUAAUCUUAUGAUUGGGAGUGGGGAUGUGACACAAAAUGUUGGUGGGCAACCGCAGCAAGUAGCUGGUGGUAUUGGGCAACAACAGCAGCAGCAACAGCAGCAGCAGCAGCAGCAAUUGGCAAUGCAGCAGCAGCAACAACAGCAGCAACAGCAGCAGCAACAACAACAGCAGCAGCAGCAUCAACAGAAUGCUACACCGCAGCAGCAACAGCAGCAGCAGCAGCAACAACAAAAUGUUCCGCAAGUGACAAAUUCAAACAUUCCAACAUCACUCAAUGUCCAGCAACUUUUUGGUGAUAGCCAAGGUGGCAAUGCAUUAGCUGGCGUUGCUGGUCAAUUGUGUCCCGUUGGUGGUGCUACCGGUGGUGGUGCAGGACAAGGUGGGAAUGCAGCCGGUGGUAGUGGCAAUAGCAUGACGUUCCAAAAUAAUCAAGUUGUUGCCGUUCCCGUGGCCGCUGCCAAGGAUUGGCAUCACUCCGUCACACCGGAUUUGCGGAAUCAUCUUGUCCAUAAAUUGGUUCAAGCAAUCUUCCCAACACCCGAUCCGGCAGCAAUGUUGGACCGACGAAUGCACAAUCUCGUGGCGUAUGCAAAGAAAGUUGAGGGUGAUAUGUAUGAGAUGGCAAAUAGUCGAUCGGAGUAUUAUCAUUUGCUGGCUGAGAAGAUUUACAAGAUACAGAAGGAACUGGAGGAGAAGCGUAUGAAGCGAAAAGAGAUGCAAUUGCAGCAGCAGCAACAGCAACAGGGUGGUGUGGCGCAACCCCAACAACCGGGGGCGCAGCAACAGAUAAAACCGAAUGUGAGUGGCAAUACGACUGGUAUGACGGGGCAGAUGGGUCAGGUGAAUGUUAUGGGUACCACAUUGCCGGGUGGAAGUGCAGCUGGUGGGAGUACGGUGGGGAUUCAACGUCCCCCUGUGCCCACAAUGGGACAAGCUAAGCCCGGACAGGGGGUGAGGAGUCACUCACCCGGAAUGGUGGGUAUUGGCAUGAGUGGGAAUCGCUUGGCGUUCCCAGGGGGACAGCAACAGCAUUGCUUUGUCGUUGGACCAUCAGGCCCUAGUCCGAAUAGUCAGCAAAAUAUGUUGGUGCCCAAUGCGAAUUUAUCACCGUUUGGUGGACAAGGUGCUGCCGGUGGUAUUGGGGGUGGAAAACCCGGAAUGGCUGGUGCAUCAAAUCAAUCUCUGGCUGCGAGUCAAUUUAUCAAUGCAAAUGGGCCGAAUGCAUUGCAAACGGUACAGCAGGCAAAUCAAUUUAAUGAGAUUAUGAAGGCUCGGAUGGCUCAAUCGCAAUCUCAGAGCACAAAUUCAAUGGUUUCACCGCAGGCUCCAUCGACAUUUGGUGGGAAUGUGAACCAAAUGCAGCAGCAGCAGCAGAAUCAGAAUAGUGUCUUCAAUAGUAUGUCAAAUAGUGCACGUAGUGGCAAUAUGAUCACAACAUCAGCAUCAAUGGACUCAAUGAGUGGUGGUGGUCUUGUACCAGUACCAAGUCCAUCACCAAGCCUAACGCCAAAUGGCCCAAUUCCCGUGAGUACACCAAAUCCACCAAGUGUUCCAUCAAUGCUACAACCACCGCCCGAACCGACGCCACCGCCGUCAUUGGCGUCCCCGUCGCACAGUGUUAACUGCUCCACGGCUACGUCACAAGUUUCCACAAUGUCCAGUGGUGGGCAUCAUCAGCAGCAGCAGCAAACGGGGCAGAAUCAAUCAGUGACACAACAUCAGAAUCCCAUGGGUAAGGGUGGUAUGUCUCAGAAUGAUCGCAAUGCGCAAUCAAUUGGUGGCAAUCGUCCCCAAUCCAGUGGGAAUAGUUUCACAUCACAAAUGGCAGCCCUGGAAGCGGCAACGCGUGAUCGUGACGAUGAUUCGCAAUCACCGCAAAAUGGGAAUUCAUGCAAGGGGAAGUUGGAUAUAAAGCAAGAGGAUGACAUUAAGAAGGAAAUUGAGGAUCAAGACAGCAAUAUGGAUGGCAGCAAUAGCGGGAAGAAUGUGUCCAAUGAGAAAAUCAAGCAGGAAUGCAAGACAGAACCAAUGGAUCACGAUGGGGGUGAUUGUAAGAAUAUCAAGGAGGAAAUUAAGGAGGAACCAAUGUCGCCGUCCAGUGAUAUAAAGCCCGAUAUUAAACCCGUCGUCCCGGAACCACUGCCGUCGACGAGUUCGCAGGAUAAGAAGAAAAAGUGCCUGUUUAAGCCGGAAGAACUUAAGCAGGCACUUAUGCCGACACUGGAGAAAUUGUAUCGGCAAGAUCCGGAAUCAAUUCCCUUCCGGCAGGCUGUUGACCCAGCGGCACUCGGGAUUCCGGAUUACUUUGAAAUUGUGAAGAAACCAAUGGAUCUCGGGACGAUUCAGCUGAAACUAACAACGGGACACUACUCUGAUCCAUGGGAGUACGUUGACGAUGUGUGGUUGAUGUUUGACAAUGCCUGGCUAUACAAUCGAAAGACAUCGAGAGUCUACAGAUAUUGUACAAAGCUAUCCGAAGUGUUUGAACAAGAGAUUGAUCCUGUAAUGCAAGCACUUGGGUACUGCUGUGGCCGAAAAUAUACAUUCAAUCCUCAAGUGCUGUGCUGCUACGGCAAGCAGUUGUGUACGAUUCCACGAGAUGCUAAAUACUACAGCUACCAAAAUAGUUUGAGUACUUAUGGAUUUAAUUCUGACAGAUAUACAUUCUGCCAAAAAUGCUUCAAUGAUAUUCCCGGUGACACGGUCACACUUGGAGAUGAUCCGCUGCAAUCUCAAACGCAAAUAAAGAAGGAUCAAUUUAAGGAGAUGAAAAAUGAUCACCUGGAAUUGGAACCUUUUGUUGAUUGCUUAGACUGUGGACGGAAGCAACAUCAAAUAUGUGUGCUGUACCUCGAGGCGAUAUGGCCGGGUGGUUUUGUAUGUGAUAAUUGUCUAAAGAAGAAGAAUCAGAAGCGUAAGGAGAACAAAUUCAAUGCCAAAAGACUACCCACAACCAAAUUGGGUAUUUACAUUGAGACACGUGUUAAUAAUUUCCUAAAGAAGAAGGAAGCUGGUGCUGGUGAGGUGCACAUAAGGGUGGUAUCGAGUUCGGAUAAAGUUGUCGAAGUUAAGCCCGGGAUGAGGAGUCGUUUUGUGGAGAAUGGUGAACUAUCGCCGGAAUUCCCGUACAGAGCAAAAGCUCUUUUUGCCUUUGAGGAACUCGAUGGGGUUGAUGUGUGUUUCUUCGGGAUGCACGUCCAGGAGUAUGGAUCGGAAUGCACAGCACCCAAUACGCGGAGAGUUUACAUUGCUUACCUGGAUUCCGUGCACUUCUUUAAGCCACGCCAAUACCGAACGGCGGUGUACCAUGAAAUUCUUCUUGGCUACAUGGACUAUGUGAAGCAAUUGGGGUACACAAUGGCACACAUUUGGGCGUGUCCCCCAUCAGAGGGGGAUGACUACAUCUUCCACUGCCAUCCGCAAGAUCAGAAAAUCCCAAAGCCAAAGCGUCUGCAGGAGUGGUAUAAGAAAAUGCUGGACAAGGGGAUGAUUGAGAGGACAAUUCAGGACUACAAGGAUAUCCUCAAGCAAGCCAUGGAGGAUAAACUGACGUCGGCUGCGGAAUUGCCCUACUUCGAAGGGGACUUCUGGCCCAAUGUCCUUGAGGAAAGUAUCAAGGAGUUGGAUCAGGAGGAAGAGGAGAAGCGGAAGCAAGCCGAAGCCGCCGAAGCUGCUGCCAAUGCGAUCUUAUCACUGAAUGAUGACAGUGAGGCGAGUGCCGAUGGGAAAAAGAAGGGCCAAAAGAAGGCGAAGAAGUCGAACAAAUCAAAAGCGGCCCAGCGGAAGAAUAGCAAGAAAUCCAAUGAGCAACAAAAUGGGAAUGAUUUGAGUGCAAAAAUAUUUGCCACGAUGGAGAAGCACAAGGAAGUUUUCUUCGUCAUUCGACUACAUUCAGCACAAUCUGCCGCCAGUUUAGCUCCAAUACAAGAUCCCGAUCCAUUGAUGAAUUGUGAUCUCAUGGAUGGUCGUGAUGCAUUCCUGACACUGGCACGAGAUAAACAUUAUGAAUUCUCAUCGCUGCGACGGGCACAGUUUAGUACAUUGUGUAUGUUGUAUGAAUUACACAAUCAGGGACAAGAUAAAUUCGUUUACACCUGCAAUAAUUGCAAGAAUCACGUUGAGACGAGAUACCACUGUACUGUUUGUGAUGACUUUGAUCUGUGCAUUGGGUGCAAGACGAAGGUUGGGCAUCAGCACAAUAUGGAAAAGUUGGGUUUCGAUCUGGACGAUGGUUCAUCACCGACGGAUCUCAAGCAGGCAAACCCCCAGGAGGCACGCAAGCAGAGUAUCCAGCGGUGCAUCCAUUCGCUGGUACACGCAUGUCAGUGUCGCGACGCAAACUGCCGUCUGCCAUCGUGUCAGAAGAUGAAGAGGGUGGUUACGCACACGAAGAACUGCAAGCGAAAGACCAACGGUGGAUGCCCAAUUUGCAAACAACUCAUUGCAUUGUGUUGCUAUCAUGCUAAGCACUGUCUCGAUGGGAAUAAGUGUCCCGUACCAUUUUGCCACAAUAUCAAGCAGAAGCUCAAGAAUCAGGCUCUCCAGCAGAGAAUUCAACAAACUCAAUUGUUACGUCGUCGUGUGGCUGUGAUGAAUACACGUGCUGCUGCACCCACAACAUCGAGCAAUUUCCCAGCAUCCGGGAAUACAGGUAUGACCAAUACUCAGGCAGCAAGUGGUGGCAAUGGGAGUGGUGGUAUGAGUCCAUCAGCUACACCAUCACCUGUUUCACAAAUGGGCGGCAUGGGGAGUCCACAUCAGGGUAUUGGGAUGAAGCCAGGAGCUCAAACACCACCAGCCAAUGUACUCCAAGUUGUACGACAGGUACAAGAGGAGGCAGCACGACAGCAAGUACCCAAUGCUGGGGGAUUCGGGAAGGUACCACCAACUGUUCCGGGUGGGAAUCAAAUGCCCCCACCUGUGAUGCAGCGAACAAUGGCGGGACAUAUGCCGGGUCCGCCGCAACAGCAAACAACACAGGGUGGUGUGGCAAUUGGUCCCGGGGCAAGUGGGAAUCUUCUCUCGAUGGAUCAGUGGGGUACGAGGUAUCCAAAUCAGCAGGCACAGCAGCAACCGGGGCUACGUCCACCGAAUCAAAAUCAAAUGAUGCAACCAAUGAUUGGUGGGCAACAGCCGAUUAUGGGUAUGGUGGGGCCACAAAACAAUCAAAUGAUCGCCACUGGUGUUCGACCGCAUGUACAACAAACAAUGCCACCGGGACAGCAACAAAACAAUCCCGCGCACAAGCACGCCCUGCAGCAAUUAAUGCAAACACUAAAGAGCCCGCAAUCGGGGCAAGAGCAGCAGAAUCAAAUUCUGCAAAUACUCAAAUCAAAUCCACCUUUAAUGGCGGCAUUCAUAAAGCAACGACAGCAAAAUCAAAAUCAGGGUGGUGCACAGCAACAGGGUGGCCCAUUGCCGCACAUGUUGAAUGCACAGGCGCAACAGCAGCAACAGCAGCUGCAGCAGCAGCAACAACAGCAGCAGCAGCAGCAAGUUAUGCCGGGUGGACCACCGAAUCAGGGACCAGCGAAUCGUAUGCAAAAUAUGCAAAAUGCAAUAUUGGGACAAGGAGGUGCAAAUCCCCAUCAAGUUCAAGUUGGUCAGUUGCAGACGCCACAGCAGCAACAACAUUGGUACAAGCAACAGAUGAUGCUGCAGCGACAGAUGCAUAUGCAAAACUUCCCACCGGCACCGCCGUAUCAACGACCAAGAGCACCACAAAUGGGUGGGUAUCAGGGUGCCGGGGGUGGCUUUGGGCAGGAACAGCAACAGUAUGCCAUGCAGCAGGGGAUGAAGCAGCCGAAUCCACAGCAACAGGGCGGUGGGGUGUUGUCGCAGACGCUACAGCAGCAGGGUGCUGGGGGUCCGAAUCAGGGUGUAAUGGGACCCCCGACGCCGCAGCAUGCGAUGCAGCAGCAGCUGAUGCAGACGGUGCGUUCACCGCCGCCAAUACGGAGCCCGCAGACAACGCCGUCGCCACGGGCGCAGCAAUCACCGCAUCAUCUAUCGAGUCACUCACCAGCACCGCAGGUAGGUGGUGGGGGUGGUGUGCCGGGUGAUCCAGUCGGUGGGGGCGGACCCGGGGGUGAUACAUCACCACUCAAUCCCCAGGAGCGGCUCACGAAAUUCGUGGAACAGCUGUAGUGAUAAAUGAUGCUUUUGUUUUUUUUGUUCUAAAAGCCAAUUCUGUGACUCCCUCUAUCGUUUUUUUUUCAACGCUCAUAAGUUGACUUUAUUUCUCAUAAUAUUGCAACUAAAUAGUACUUUAAAUUGAUCAUUUACAUAACAUCAUACAAAACUUCAACGAUCUCCACCACAAUGGAGUGAUCCAUCUGAUAAACAUACAAAAAAAAACAUCUACAAUACAUCUACAAACAUUCAUGCUAAACUAUAAUAAAUAAAUUUUUUUUUAAUAUUUUAGUUAAAGAAAAAAUAAUAAGAGAAGAAAAGACAUGAAUUAUUCCAAUUUCACGACUCAAGAAAUUCCCUUUUUUUAAAUGUUUUGUUUUUGUCUAAAAUCAACAAUUUUUUUUUUGCAUUUGUUUGAAAGAAUCAAGAAGAUGACGAUGAUAAAAACAAAACAAGAAAAAAAACGGGGAUGAGUCGGGACAUGGGAUGAAUUAUUGAAUGAAAAAUUAAUAACAAAAAACAGAGGGAAAUUUACAAAGAAAAACGAAGAGUACUUAUUUAAGAUGAAAAUUAAAAUAAAAAAAAAACAACCAUCCUGUAAAUAUUUGUAAAAUCGUGUAAGAAAUUAAGCUAAAGAAAAAAAAUAUAAUUUAUAAAAUUUAUGAAUGAAAAAUUCAUAGACUUUCACCUCUUCGCGCGAAUUGAGAGAGAUUAAACAAAAAACAUGAAAAGGAUCAUCAUUGAAUACCAAAUAACAGUUAAAUUCUUCUCAUUUAAUCAACAUCUUGUGGUUAAUUUUCUUUUUUUUUGCUGUACAUAGAGAGACGAUAGAAUAGGGAAUUUUUCUAUUAUCAAAAAAAAAAAGAAAGGAAAAGCAUUACAUUUUGAGAAUUAAUUAAGAAAUCAAUUUUUCUCGCAGUGAAAAGUAAUGAAAUUUGAAAGAAUUUCUUAUGAAUUUCAUUAUCUUUCACGUGAAAAUGAAGAAAUGGUUGAAAGGCUUAAUUUAAAAUAAAAAAAACUAAAAAUUCAUAAUUCUUUAACUUUCUGCAUAGAAACAAGCAAUUUCAAGGCAGAAUGACCGAAAAAAUGCGUUAAAAAUAAAUAAACUCGGGGAUCUCUGGAGCCCAAAGUGGCGAAUAUGCGCUGUUUUUGCUAAGAAGAAGAUUAAAAAAAAAUGAACAAAAGAAGCAACAAAGAAUAAUAAACCAAUUAAAAAAAAGAAGGUAAAUGAAAAAGUAGGAUGGUGGCUGUGUAAACUAAUAUUAAAAAAAAGUUGAUUUAAAGAAAAAACAAACAAAUUAGGAAAUGUAUAGUUAAAAAAAAAGUAAGAAUGGUAAGUAUUGAUGAAUGUGUGCAUGCGUGUUGGAAGUUUAAGAAAGAAAAAAAAUGAACAGAAUCCAAAUUCCAAUAAUAUUUAAGGGAGAUUUCUUAACUAAAUAACUAACAUUUAAGAGUUUAUAAAAAUAAUUUUUAAAAAAUCGCAAGCGUGGGUGGGGAAUAAAAGUGCAGCAAAAAAACAAUUAGAAAGAUUUUAGUGCGAAUUCAUUUCUUUUUUUUUACUCAAAAAAUCAUUACGUCACUAUCGUCAUAAAUCUAAAGAAAAAAAAGGAAUAAUAAUUAAGAAGAGAAAAAAAAACAUAUUCGAGUAGAAAGUAUUAAAUAAAAAAAUUUGCUUAGUUCACACUCGACGACGAAAUUUAUUAAAAACUAAAAAAAUGGAAAUUAAAAUCGUAGAAAAAACAUUGAAUGUGUGAGAUGAAGAAUCUUUUUUAUUAGCUUCCACAGAAGUGAAUGUAAAGAAAAAAAAACAAUGAGGCAGAAGAAUCUUACUAAAAAGCGAUAAAAAAUUGUUUUAGAUUAAGGAUAGAAAGAGAGGGAAAAUAGAAAAAUCCAAAAGACGAAAUUUUGCAAAAAUGAAAUUCAUAUUCAAGAAAAUAGUAAAAAAAAUCAUCUAGUUUAGUGAUUUUUAAAAACAUUUACCUUUAACUGAAUGAUUUAUUUUUUAAAUCAUAUUUUUUAAUUAUUUUUAAUAAUAUAUUUUAGUGUGAAGUUUUUUUUUAUACAUAUAUUUUCAUUUAUCUUUUUUUAAAUGAGAAAGAGAAUCUAUUUACUGAAGGGUGGAUAUUUUUUUUUGCAAUUUACUCUGUACAUAAAGCAAGCCAAUGGGAUUUUUUUUCUUAUAGUUCUUUUGGCAAUUUAGUUUGUUUUCUUUUACCACGUGAUUUUCCCAUAUUGUUUUCUAUUUUAUUAAUUAUUAUUGAAUUUAAUUUGUACUUUCCAAAACGUCACAUGGCAUUGGUAGUGAAGAGGGAGGAAUUUUUCAUGCAUUUUUUUUGUUUUUUUUGUAAGGAAAUUCAGUAAAAAAAAUGGGGGGUUUUCAGUGACAAGCGGUAGUUUGUGUGACAAAGUCUUUACAGGAAUGUCAGAUUUUAUAGAAUUGUCAGAUUUCUUAAGUGUCACUUUUGACAGAAAUGACAGUUUUGAAAUAUGACAGUUUUGACAGAAGAUUUUUGAGAUAAUGAUUAAAAGGAUUCCUCUGAAAAGAUAUUUUGAAUAAGAAUUUGCGUUCGGGUCCGGUAUGUUCUAACAGUUAUUUUCUUGUAGGAUUUAUUGGAGAACUUUCAGUUGGACGUCUCAAGAGAGCCUAUUGUCAGAAAUUGAUUAAAAUUUCAUAAGAAAAAUAAUAAAUAAAAGAUAUCGAUUGUUGUUUUGAUUCUAAUAGCCCAAAGUUGAUAAUUUUUCCAAACAAAAUUGUUUUUCAAAAUAAUCCUUUUAAAUUCAUGUUUUUGUCAAAAAAUCUGUCAAGUGACAUUCCUGUCAAAACAUCUGUCACGCAAUGCAGUCUGUCAAAGUUAGCUUCUGCCAAUUUAAUAAAAAAGGUUUAGCGAAAAACAAACGGAUGUAUUAAGAAUUAAACAAAAUAAAUAACCACGAAAAAGAUUUAUCAAAGUCUUCAAAAAAACUUCUUUCCAACGGUUCGAGAAAGCGCAGAAUAUUUUUUUUCUUGUGUGAUAGUGUAAAUAUAAAUUUUAUUAAGUGGAAGUGAAGCAGUGAAUAAAUCUCUUGUAUAUCACAAUUUGUAGGUAAAAAAAAAAUAGGCGAAAAAUGAUUUUAAAAGAAAUUUCUAGGAAAAAAAGUGAGAAGAAUUUACUGAAGAAGAAAAUUCUAACACCAACAUAAAAGAGUGAAUUUUAUUAUUAAAAUAAAAAGAAAACUAAUAAUUUAAUAAAAAAAAACCCGUGUAAUAUACGAAUGAUAAAUUUAAUUAUAAAAAAAAGAAAUGAAAAGAAAAUUUAAUAAAUUAUUGUAAGAAUUGCAUUCUAGUGAAUAGAUAAAGAUUAAUAAAGAAAAAAAUUGAAAAAAAAAUAAAAAAAAGAGUAAAAUGAUAUGACAAAACGAAUCGUGGGUUUUUAUAUGAUGAUGAAAAUAAUAAAAAAAGAAAAAUAUGCGAUGUAGGCAUAGAAAUUAUGUGGGAAGUUGUAGGAAAGGAGUGAGGUGUAAAUUUGAUUCUUAAUCGUAAAUAUUUUUAGUGUGUAACUUCUUAUGUAUACAUACUAUAUAUAAAAAAGAAAAACAAUUAAUUAUAGGUGUAAAAAGAAUGAAGAAAAAUUUUUAAGAGACAAAUUAUUCAAUUUUAAUAGAGAAAAAAGGUAAAAUAAAUGAAAAAAACGAGAGAAAAAUUAUAUACAAUUUAUAGAAUAUAUAUAGCGAAGAAAAUGAAUGAAAAGCGUGAAUGUGGGUGAGAAUGAGGGUGAAAAAAAAUUGGUUAAUGUCCCUUAAAAAGAAUGAAGGAGAAAACACUGAAAUGAGUAUUAUUUGAUAUUUUUAUCCUAUACCUAUUAUACGAUACGAUCUAUAAUUAUAUAAAUAUUAUAUAUAUCAAAAAAUGGAUCUAAGAUUAUCUUAGUUUUUUUCUAUUAAUACUAUAUAUAUAAAAAAUAUAUUAAAAAAAAACUGAAUAUAAUAUAAAAAAGAAAAAUGUGAAAGUGAAGAUACAGAUACACAUACACUGAAGAUUUAUUAAAGAGAAAAAAAAAAGAAAAUGAAGAUUGCAGAAGUGAAAGAAAGUUUAAAGAGAAAAAAGAAGUGAAAGA